AUGUUUAGUAAGGUAAUCUCCUCUCUCAAAAGUGAAAAUGAGCGGCUUACUACCGACAAUGCCGCCCUUUCGUCCAAGCUCGAGGAUGUAGAAAAAGAUUGGAGAUUAAAAUAUGAUUCCCUCGUGGAUGAACUUGAGGAGUGCAAAGCUGCACGGCGGCAGACCGAAAACAAGCUUGCCAUAUAUGAAAAUGAAGUUGUCCAACGCGAAAACUGUCACAAAGCAGAAUUGAUGGAGUUGAUGCAGAAACUUCAGAACGCGGAAGUUAAAAUUUGCAUGUUGGAGGCGGAGUCUCGGGAGGCCUCGAAAUCGGCCUUUAUUCGGGUAGCAGACUUAGACCUCACAGACGCAACUCCACUAAACCUUGCGUCCAAAAACCUAAAACCGGAAAGGGAGUCGGAAGCAAUACUUCCGCGUAAUGAAGCCGGCUGGGGUGGCGAUAAUGAGGUCGCUGAGAAAGAGAAUGCCGCCGAGCCCCCAAUUUCUCGGCCACCAUCUUCUCUUCGCACCCCUUCGCCUCUUACUACAAGUGGCAGACAUACUCUUUCAGUUGAUGAGGCCCUUCGGCCUGAAUCACCAAAUAUGGACGAGGUUACUCGUCUGAAGCGACGCCUGGUUGUUGCGCGUCAUCUGGUGGAAGAUUUGACCAAUAGAAAUGGAUCUUUAUCCCAAGAGUUGCUGUCUGUUCAAUCACUUUACAAGAUGGAUGUGCAGACGUUACGCGAGAAGAUACUUGUGCUGACUGAUAACCUGGAAAGUGAACGAAACUCUCACCUGCUGCGUUCUGGCGAGCUCAACCGGCAAAUUCAGGUAAGAAUUAGCUAA